CUAGUUCACUUCUGUAGGGCGUAGGCUGUUGAGUGUUGAGUGUUGACUCAUCCGUUCGUACGGUUUUCUAAUAUCCUCCGUCUCCCGAACUGCUCAGUUGCUCCUACAACAAUUUACAGUAUAUACUUUUUUUGGAUUUCAUAGUUCAUACUGUUUACAGCCUACGACUUUCAAACAUUUUAAUUAAGUAAAUAACUAGUAACUACCAUGUCUGGUUCAAACGAAGAGGUCAAUCUGCACGAAUGCCUAGAGCUGAUUACGAGACUCGCGCGACACGCCGGCAAGAUUAUAAAAUCUCGAAUCGAUAAGAAAAAAACAAUUGAAACUAAAGCCAAUAACUCAAUUGACUUUGUCACUGAAACAGAUCAAGAAGUAGAAAAAUUACUUAUUGAGGGAAUCAAACAAAAAUAUCCGCAUCAUAAAUUCAUUGGUGAGGAAUCAUUUGCUGCCGGCAUUAAAGAAGAAUUGACAUGUGCUCCAACUUGGGUUAUUGAUCCUGUGGAUGGCACCACCAAUUUUGUGCACAGUUAUCCAAAUGUUUGCGUAUCCAUUGGUUUGGUUGUUGGCUGUGAUGUUAAGUUGGGAGUUAUCUUCAAUCCCAUAUUGGACAUGUUUUUCAGAGCAAUCAAAGGUGAAGGUGCAUUUUUAAAUGAUGAACCUAUCAAAGUCAGUGGCGUUAAAAAACUUACUGAUGCUUUGGUCGCUGUAGAAUUUGGUUCAGUAAGAACUGUAGAGUUCAGGAAUAUCGUGAACCACAACAUAAAUUAUUUAGCAACAAAUGCCCAUGGUGUUCGUUCAGCUGGUUCAGCUGCUUGGAAUUUAGCUCAAGUAGCCAGAGGAGCCAUUGAUCUGUACGUGGAAAUGGGUCUCCAUGCUUGGGACAUGGCAGCAGGAGAUAUUAUUGUGAGAGAAGCUGGGGGUACUGUGAUCGAUCCAGCUGGCAAAGAUUUUGAAUUGAUGCAUCGAAGGAUAUUAGCUACAUCGUCAACAGAAAUUGCUGAAGAAGUGUAUUCAAAUUUCCAACAGUAUUAUCCAGAGCAUGAUUAAAAAAUUAAUUUUCAGCCUUUAUAUACUAAGCCUUUAUAAUUGAUAAUGGUUUAGUAUGAUUUAAUGUUUUAUCAAUAUUGUUUACAUACCAAUAAUUACAUAGUAGCAAAGAAAUUAUUGUAUUCAAUACCACUGUUUGUUAAUUAAUUAAGGAUAUAAUAUGAAACACCGUUUGGACAUGAUAUACUAUUAACUAUUUUAUGAACUAUAACUUAUUUCUAAAUAAAUUGUUGAACAUGAAUGUAUCUAGUCAUUAUAUGUUGGAAAAUAAAAUAAUUAAGAUUAAAAAA